AUGGAUGUAGCGAUUUUUGGUGACAUAUCAAAGAGUAUGAAGAAGCAACAACGAAGAAAGCUGGUGAACUUUAUUGAAGAGUUACUUGACUCAACUCUCGUUUCUGCUGAUGGAAAUCAUGUUGCUCUUGGCACGUUUGCAAAAACUGCUGAUAUUCAUAACAAGCUUAAUAAUGAAGAAUACUACGAUGCAGGCAAAUUGAGGAAGGCUGUAAAAGAAAUCUUCAUGGUUAGGCCAAAGAAAUUUGGAACUCGUACAGAUCUUGCUUUGGACCUGGCUGCCAGAGAAGUGUUUACAGCAGCUGGAGGGGACAGACCCAAAGCCAAGAACGUCUUAAUUAUAGUAACUGAUGGAAAACCUCAUAUCCCAAAGAGAGACAAGAAAACGUUCAUUCCUUUUGAAACAUCAACGAAGGCGCGGGAGGUAAGUUAUGAGAUUUUAUAUCGGAAAGCAAAUACCAAUUUGUAGAUGACAUGACUUUUUCACUAAAGUUAAUCAUGUAAAUUCCGCGACUUUAUUAUUCUUGGUCAAACCAGGUCCUGAAGUUAGUUAGCCUUCUAGUACAUUUGGUAGAGAGGUGAAGAAUUAAUUUAAAAAAAAAAAUUUUUUAAGGUUAUCUUGCACUCAUUUUCACGAUAAGACCUUAAGUAACCUACAUAUCAAACUAACUAACUGCCCAACUAACUCUGAGCCUGUCUGUUUUGUAUUAGGCCAAAGAUGUUUUCGUUGCCGUUGUUGGGGUUGGCAAAAUUGUGGCAAGGCAAGAGAAUAAAAUGGCAGAGAUUGCUGGUGAAAAAGGCAGAGUUCUUUUGUUCCCGAGCUAUAAAAAACUAAGCGAAAAUUUAGACGAAGUGUUAGAAGUUUACUGUGGUAAGCUCAACUUUUAACAUAUCACGGUUAAGCUGAAAAUAAGAAAGCAUAACAAGUACAUACGGUAUCAUUGGAAAGGACCUAUGGCUUUAUAAACAUCGGUCGAUUUCAAUAGGUUCCAAUUCAAAAAUCCAGGUCUUUACAAAUUCCUUUUUAUUGAGCUGCAACGAUUAUUUCGUAAUCCUUGUAUAACACCGUAGUUUAUAUGAUAAAAUGAUUUUGUUGACUUUGAUUCUAAGACUAAUUUACUGAUUUCAUGGUUACAACAAGUUGUGCAGAGGAGUGAACAUUUUUUCGUUUUGGUGGUUUAGCAAUUGACGGCAAGUACACCGAAUGGAAGGAGUCUGAGUGCAGUGUGACGUGUGGAGGAGGAGUAAUGACACUUACAAGAACCUGUACCAAUCCUCCGCCGUCUAAGGGUGGAAAGGACUGCAGUGAACUGGGACCGGCUGAAAAGACACUUGCAUGCAACGAACAAGAAUGCCGUAAGCUGAUAUAG